CACUACUAUAGACUGUUAUAUCCCCAAAACAGGUUGACAGAUAAAAGGUUUGCUUUAAGAGACGACAAGUCACCCAAAGGCUUAGAGAAACGAAGUCAGCAGGGCAAUGUUACACUCCUCGAUGCUAAAUAUGUUGCUUUGCUUUUGCUACAAGAUACUGAGAUGCAGCAUAUCUGUUCUUUUACAACAUUUCUGAGGAAUAAGAAUCUUGACGAUUUCCUCAUGGCAUUGUUGUACUAUUUAUAUUAUUACUUGGAAAAAAUCUCACAGGAAAAGAAACCCAAAAGCUGUGUGGUGGGCCUUGUAGAGAAAAAAGAGAUGGAAUUGGUUAUCAGUAAGCUAGAAGCAGCACAGAAAUACUUGGCACAGGAGUACUGUGUCCUCGUCCUGGGCCUGGGAAUGCCUGAUAAGCAUCACAUGUGCUGUGGAAAGGGGAAAAUAUCAAAUACACAAAAAGACUGGAAAUUCUUUGAGUCCUUUUAUACUUUCUGUACGUAUGUAGCCUGGAUUGUCUUCCGACGUCAACACUUCACAGAGAUUGAGGAAGAAAUAGGGAGGCUCUUUCGUUCCGACAUGUUCAACAUUCCUCGAAGGAAGCGUGAGGAUGAAGAGUCAGGAGGGGAAAAGAAACGCAUGACUUUUGUACAAUUCAGGAGAAUGAUGGCAAAGCGCCCAGCGAUGAAAAAAGCCAUUAACAUGCGCUCUCCAGUCAUGUCUACUCUGCUGCCCUCUCUCAGAGAAAAAGCUCAGAAUAUCUCUGACAAAAAGUACCGCCAAGCAGGCAUGAAAUUCCCAGUCUGGAUGCAAGAGCACAAGGAAAAUCUGGACUCUGUGCACAUGCCAAUAGUUGGCAUCCUGGGGGAGCCUCGAUGUCAGUUCAACCCCCAUACCCUUAUCCCCCUCGAUACAGAGGAAAGCAUGAAGUCUGGGGGACAGUCUUCCAUGAUAGAAAGAAAUAACAUGAGGAUUCAGGAUACACUGGACUCAGUCAUGAGAAAGAAAUAACAUGAGGAUUCAGGAUACACUGGACUUAGUCAUGAGAACGCUGUCCUCUCAAACAACAUUCCCUAAAUAAUCUGUACAUUCCAUCUCUGUAAUUAAUUCCUGUAUUUGAAGUAAACUACUUUG